AUGGCCGCAUCAGAAGCCACUGAUGGUACUCGGGAAAGGCGGGCGAAGCCCCCCUUCAGAGGCGCAAUUGUCCCGAUUGUCUUUAUCAUCAACCAGCUUGGCCAUCGUCGGCCGAACAUGGCAUCCACCGCCCGCGACAUGGAGCAUCUGGCCCGCGCGAUCCAGAAACUCCAGGAUGAGGCCGAGAGUGACAGCUCAGGUUCGCAAUCAAAUGGAUCCAACCCGAGUUUGACGGGAUCGAAAUUCGACGACGAAACGCCAGGCAAACCAUGUAUUGCAAAGGCAUGGUUCGUCGUUGCCUGA